AUGGGCGGCGGACCAGAUCGAGAAAAUGUCCUCAUCACCCUCUUCGACCCGGAACCCAAAGACACCAUCGCCGAGCUGAAGCGUCGAUUCCCUUAUUUCGACAUCACGUACGUCCAUGUCUCGGUGCCGACUAAGGGCGCGAAGAGCAACCCGACUGUGAUCUCUGAUGAACUAUGGAAGAAAACUACCAUUCUCCUCACCGUCUUCACGCUGCCUCCUACACCCGACCUGGUUCCCAACCUUAAACUCAUCCAUCUCUUCUCCGCCGGCAUCGAUGGUCUGGCCAACCACCCCAUCAUCAAAGACACCGAGAUCCCUUUGACCACGUCGUCCGGCAUUCAUGGCCCGCCCAUCGCCGAGUGGGUGAUCCUGACCACCCUGGUAGCUAGCAAGCACUACCUCACGCAGUACGAGUGGCAAAAGGAACACCGCUGGAUCUCCAAUCACCCCGAGCUACGCGCCACCAGCGACUGGGUCGGCAAAACGGUCGGCAUUGCUGGAUACGGGAGCAUCGGACGACAGGUGGCCCGCAUCUUCUCCGCCCUAGGCUCCCAUGUGCACGCCUACACCGCCUCUCCACGCACGACCCCCGAAUCCCGCAUCGACACAGGCUACAUCGUCCCCGGCACCGGCGACCCGGACGGAACGAUCCCUCGCGCCUGGUACAGCGGCACGACCAAGGAGACACUGCACACGUUCCUCGCUUCGGGGCUGGACGCGCUGGUGAUUGCGUUGCCGUUGACACCUGCGACGCGGCAUUUAUUUGGUGAGGAGGAGUUUAAGAUAUUAGGGGGCGGGGGGGCAGGGGAGGGGGAGGGUGAAGCAAGCAAAGAAGGUAACAGCGAUGGUAAGGCAGGCAAACGCAAAGGUUUCCUAAUCAAUCUCGCCCGUGGCCCCCUCAUCGACCAACCAGCUCUCGUCAAAGCCCUCAACGACGAGAUCCUGGCCGGCGCCGCCGUCGACGUCACCGAGCCCGAGCCGCUGCCGGAGUCGGAUCCGCUAUGGGAGGCGAAGAAUGUUAUUAUUACGCCGCAUUCGAGCUCGCUGGGCGUCGAGUAUGUGUCUCGGGCGUAUGAUUUGUUCAUAGAGAACUGGGGCCGCAAGGAGAGGGGGGAGAAGUUGUUCAAUUUGGUAGAUCGGAAGAGGGGGUAUUGA